AUGGAUAAAGAGGAAGGCUCACAAAUUUUUAUAAGAGAUCAGGGUCUGGACCAAGAUUCCAGGACCGGAUCCAACCUGGCUUUUGACAGCGCCAGAGCUGACUUUGAUCCGAAUUCGGGUUUGAAACGGGGUCUCCAGACCAGACACGUCACUUUGAUGGCUUUAGGAGGCAUCAUUGGUCCUGGCUCUGUUGUUGGCCUCGGAGUUUAUUUGCACAAGGACGGACCUGCUUCGUUACUAGUUGAUUACUCCAUUGUGGGAUUGGUCGCAUUCUCUUUGAUGCAGUCGAUUGGAGAACUAAACAGUUUGUUUCCUGCCACCAACGGAUUCUCCAAUCAUAUCACCAGGUUUGUGGGUGAAGCUUUUGCAGCCAUGACUUCUUACAACUACGUUAUUGUCUGGAUUUGUGUCAUGAUGGCAGAGUAUACAACACUCACAGCAACAAUGAACUUUUGGGCCCCUGAGGUUCCUGCGUGGGGCUAUUUCUUGAUAUUCUGGGCCUUCUUUAUGUCUGUGCAAUUCCUUGGUGUCACGUUGUACGGAGAAGCGGAGUUCUGGCUGGCCAUUUUCAAACUCAUUGGUUUGACUGCUUUUUACAUUUUCACUAUUAUUUACAUGUGUGGUGGAGUGAGAGGUACCCCCGCAUUUGGCUUUCACAACUUCAAGACUCCUUGGGCCGGCCAAGCUCCUGUCAAGUCUCUAGCCAAUGCGAUUGUCAACUGUUCUACCGCUUACAGUGGUAUUGAGCUGAUGUCCCUGAACGCUGCAGAAACCAAAAACCCUAUCAGAGCUAUUCCUAUUGCCGUCAGACAAACCUUGGUGCGUAUCUUUUACGUUUAUUUGGGAAUCACUUUGAGUUUUGGUAUCAGUGCUCCAUACGACUCUCCACUGUUUUCCGAGUCCGUUUCCACUUUGCGUUCUCCGAUCUACGUUGCUCUGUACAAUGCUGGUUGGCAUUCAUCGUACCACCUGGUGAAUGCGUUCAUUGUCAUCAUCUCGCUCAGUGCCAUCAACUCUGCAAUCUACAUCGGCACACGGACCAUUGUCAACAUGGCGAACGAGAAACUGGUUCCCUUCCCGAACUUCUUCAGAAGAGUCAACAGACGUGGAGUUCCCUAUGUGGCAGCUGUGACGUUCCAUUUGUUUGGGUUCUUGUCGCUGCUUUCUGUGGGUAGUGGUACCCAAACCGCUUAUAGCUACUUUGUGAGUGUUUCUGGAGUGUCUACAUUCUUCGUCUGGGGAGCCAUUUCUGUGUGCCAGCUGCGGUUUAGAAGAGGAUGGGUUCGUUCUGGACGCAAAGUUUCUGAUCUGCCGUACCAAUGUCUUGGAUAUCCGUUCACACCGUUGUUUUCUGUGGUCAUGAACAUCUUUCUGGCAUUGAUUCAAGGAUGGAUGUACUUGAAACCGUUCCAACACGAGUGGUUUAUCGACGCGUACAUCAUGUUCCCCUUAUCGCUGAUUUUCCUCGUUUCCUACAAGAUCUGGAAAAAGACCAAACUGGUUCCGUACGAAGAGAUGGAUUUUGAGACCGGUAGGAGAUACGAUCUCGAAGAAGAGUUCAAGCAGCUCAAAGCUCAAGAAAAACUCAAUCCGUUGACACGCAAGCAGAAAUUCGCCAAUGUGUUCAAAGUUUGGAUAUAA